AUGCAACUGCCCUCUCACUCCAGUGAUGAUUCAAAGAGGAGAAUAGAAACAGAUGUUAUGAAAUUAUUGAUGAGUGACCAUGAGGUUGAACUGGUGAACAACAGCAUGCAAGAGUUCCACGUUAAAUUUCACGGACCGAAGGAUACACCCUACGAAGGAGGCGCCUGGAGGUUGCAUGUCGAGUUGCCCGAUAACUAUCCUUACAAGUCUCCCAGUAUAGGGUUUGUCAACAAGAUAUUCCACCCCAACAUCGAUGUCGCGUCCGGUUCGAUCUGUCUGGAUGUGAUAAACUCUACAUGGUCCCCUCUCUACGAUCUUAAGAAUAUCCUAGAGUGGAUGAUACCUGGCUUGCUUAAAGAACCGAACGGCAGCGAUCCUUUGAACAACGAGGCAGCCACCUUACAACUGCGGGACAAGGUGUUGUACGAGGACAAGAUCAAGGAGUAUAUCGAAAAAUACGCUUCUAAUGAGAAAUACAUCCAGUUUUUCGGAACAGACGACGAGGAUGACGAGAGCGACAGUGACGACGAAGAUCAGGAUCAGGACAGUAAUGACGAAGACAACGACGAAAAUGACUACGAUGAUGAUCUGGAUGAUGACAAUAUAGAAGACGGCAACGAAUUGAGUGAGCUCGAGGAACUCAGUGACAUUGAGAUGAGUGAUGAAGAAACUCAAAAAUAG